AUGUUUACUUUCAGCCACAACAUUUCGCUCAAGCUGGGACUCCUCAGCCCUACCAACUUGGCCUAUCGAGACGCCAAAGGAGAGACGAUACCCGCAGGAGCUCGUGGAGUCACAUGGGGGAGCCUAUUUUCAAUCUUCAGUCCAUUCGAAAUUAAUCCGCAAACAGGGUCGACGGACUUGGGAGAUGAGUGGAAUCCUCAAGUUGCGUUGAAACGGAGGUUAAACCACCUGGGUUCCCCUAAAAGCUUCCCCAAUUCAUCCGCUUCUCUCGCUGCCGGAAUCGAGAUAUCCCUGAGCUCCAUGACACACACUGCAAGAUUCAGCAAAUUGCACUCGAAAUCGGGCGACCGGUUCUCUGAAGAAAUCACUCCUCUUUUGUUCCAACGAACGUACAGUUUCCCUGCAGACUCGAUCACGGCUUGUUUUUAUUCAAAUCGAUUUUGGCUACAUACGCUAUCUAGUUUCGUGCAAAAUUGGGACGGGCCCGUUAGUCUGGUUGUCGAAUGUUUUUCAACGGACCGACCGGAACUUAUCGCAAGGAUACAGGAAUUAAGGAAAACGGAUUCAUUGAUUAGGCAAAGGGUCGACUUCCACAUCGUCCCGACACCAGAUGGUUCUCCGACGCAGAAGCUUAAGAAUGCAGAGCGUAUGAUAGGGGAGCCCAUAGCUACUAAUGCUCAGCUCAAUGUGGCUCGUUUUUUCAGUCGCUCAGAACUGGUGUGGCUAGUAGGGGACGCCCGCGUGCUGCCGCCCGUCGGACUUUACGAUGUCUUGUCUCAGAAAACCAACCUGCGGACGCGCGUGCUAGAUUACGGAGAUGCAAUCGUCAUUCCAAAUUUUGGAUUCAUCAGAGAAAGACAAGUAUAUCCAAGCAAUUUUUUGUGGGCGAAUGAAGAGGCUGACUUAAACCAGAUGGCGCAACAAUACAUCAACGAAUCCUUAUCAUCCAUCGCGCUCCCUUCAGAUGAGUGGCCAAAGACUCGCGAAGACUUGCUCAGACUCACUACUCGACCCAAUAGUCUAAAACCAGAUAAAUCUGUCCUGGUUAUGUACGAUCAGGCCUGGAGGCCAUCCGAAGGCCCGACUAACUGGACUAUGUGGCAAAACUAUGACCCAAAGCUCGAUUCCGCAGUCAGCCUCAAAAUGGAUUCCACCCAGUCUUCAAAAGACGAACUCUCUGGACCUCAAGAUCAGAUGUAUCCCAUUGUCAGCUAUGACUUGAAUUACGCACCCAAUGUCAUCGUAUCCAGGGAGGGGCAACCAUGGUGUACAGAACGGUUCGAAUUCAACAAGGCAGCAUGUGUCUAUCAAAUGUAUCUAUCGGGCACUGAGCUAUGGGUCAUGCCGGAAGCCUGGACAUUAACCAUUCAACAGAUUCCUACCAAUGGAAAAGAGUUUGAUGAGGACCGGGAGCUAAAAGAGCUCAUUUCAGCCAGGCUGUAUUCGAAAUUCCAUCAGGAAGCUUGUAUGCAUUACGGUCGAGAGUUUUCAUCAUUAGACGCUUGGGGAGAUGAUCGUUCAAAACAUGCUAGAGCAGUUUGUCUACACGUGUUGAGCUCUUGGGGCGUUGGAAUAUCCUCAGGAGAUUUGAUGGUUUAA